UUCUACUAUUCAGGGAGCCCCUCGACUUACCUCCCGCUUCACUGCGCACCAACUGUUCGCUAAAAUGUCUCCGACGGAGUACCCGCCCUGCGCCGGCGGCGCGUGCUGAUAACGACGCUCUACUCACCCUCCGGCUCUCCUUGACGCUGUCAAUUUAUCCUAAUUCGAUUUUGGUUGAAUCGAUAAAAACAAAAAAAGUAUGCACUUACAGCGAAUACUUGCUCGGAUUGAAUCCAAAUCGGCGCCGUUGUUCGGCAGGUCUGGUUUCCGAUCUCUUCCCCUCGUAUUUUAUUCGACGCAGAAGAAAACUGUUGAUGAAAGGUUUAUUGCUGAUAAUAGAAAUGGAGGAAAUGGAUUGAUUAAGAAUUUGGCUGAGUUAGUUGCAGAGGAUUCCGUAGGUGAUAACAAUGGCCAUAGGGAGAUUAGCAAAUCAGCUCUGGCUAAGAAUCUGGCCUCGUUGGUUCAACAAUCUUACGAAACUCGAAAUCGAAUGCCGAAACCGAGGUCGAGGCUGGAAUCGAGGAGGUUCUUCGAGCUACGGAUUAAGAAGAGGGUGAAGCACCAAUAUAGGGAUGGGAAGUUUCACGAUCUCAUGUCGAAUGUAAUCGCCGAUCCGAAUACUCUAAAGGAUGCUUACGAUUGUCUCCGAGCAUCUUCAAAUGUCGAUUUGUCGUCCGAUAGCGAUCCAUUGCCGUUCGAGUUAAUGGCAGAGGAGUUAGCCGACGAGAGCUUCGACGUUUCCAGAAAUACAUAUAUGAUAUCGAGCCGAGGCACGAAAGUAAAGAAGUCGAAGCUCGUUCUUCCGGGAUUGAAAUUACGGGUUGUUCAAGAAGCUAUUAGGAUCGUUUUGGAGGUCGUUUACCGGCCACAUUUUUCGAAGAUUUCGCAUGGUUUUCGAAGUGGAAGGAGUCGAGCAUCGGCGUUGAAGUAUAUUCGGAGGGAGAUUUCCGAGCCUGAUUGGUGGUUUACGGUUCUUGUUUGUAAGAAGCUCGACAAGCCUAUCCUUCGUAGGGUCGAAUCGUUGAUGGAGGAAAAGAUCGAUGACUUAAAUUUAUUUGGGAUGAUUUGGAAGAUGUUCGACGCCGGAGUUUUGAACGUCGAGUUCGGUUCGUUCGCAAAAGGAUGCGGACUUCCGCAAGAAGGGGCGCUCUCGCCGAUACUCAUGAACAUAUACCUCGAUCUUUUCGAUCAGGAGGUGUAUCGAUUAUCGAUGCGGUAUACGAUAUCCGCGCCGUGCGAGAACACGUCGCAGUCGAAGCUGCGCGGCAUUUUUCGAAGGCAAAUAAAUGGGAACGAUCGCGAGAAAAUCCCGAGCACGAGAGUCCAUUGUUGUCGAUUCAUGGACGAGUUUUUCUUCGCCGUGACGGGUUCGAAGGAAGUAGCGGUUGAUUUCAAAUCCGACGUAACAAAUUUCUUGAAGAACUCUCUCGAUUUGGAUAUCGACGAGGGUGAUCGAACCGAUGUUUUGGCGUCGAAUGACCCUCACGGCGUCCGAUUUCUCGGAUUGUGUAUCAGAAGGCGCCCGAGAGAGAAUGACGGCGGCGGCGUUCGAGCCGUACAUAAAUUGCGGGACAAAGUCAAGAUCUUCGCCGAACAAAAACGCGAGUCGUGGAUUGAAGGGGAGUUUCAAAUCGGGCGGAAAUGGCUGGCUCAUGGCUUGAAGAAGGUUAAAGAAUCGGAGAUCGAACAGUUAGCGGACCCAGGCUCGACUCUUUGUCGAAUUUCCGGUCACCGGAAACCCGGGAUGAAAACCGAUCACUGGUACAAACUCCUGCUUAAGAUAUGGAUGCAGGACGUCAACCCGAAACGAGCCUCGAGCGAAGAGUUCGUUCUAGCGAAGAAAAUCGUCGAACCGGCGCUUCCCGACGAGCUCACCGAUUCGUAUCGUGAAUUCGAAAAACGGGUCGACGAGUAUGUCGCGUCGGAGACUGCAUCGAUGCUCGCUCUUCUACCCGACAAAAGCCCCGAUCGUGGUUACGUCACGGAAAUUCUCGCGCCCGUGAACAACAUAUCGAAGCGUCUCCACCGAUACGGAUUAACGAACGCGGAAGGUUACGCGCGAACGUGCUACAUACUAAUCCUAUUCGACGACGAUCAAAUCGUCGACUGGUUCGUCGGGAUCGUGCGGCGGUGGGUGAGGUGGUUCGUCGACUGCGACAAUUUCGCCGAAGUGAAGCUGGCGAUAUCGACCCAGGUGCGGAUGUCGUGCAUACGAACGUUGGCGUCGAAGUACCGAAUCCACGAAACGGAGAUUGCCAAGAAGUUCGACGAGGAGCUGAGCAGGAUCCCGUCGUUGCCGACGGACGAGAUCGAGCUCGAGGGUGUUUAUUCGGACAUGGUUUUGAGCGAAAACGAGCUUGACGGCGCGUCGAUGUACGGGGUGAGCGACAGCGGGGCAUGCUCGAUUUCGGUGGCGAGAAUCGGGCGGGAGUCGGGUAUUUGCAGUGUGAUCGGGUGCACGGCGGCAGCGGCACCGGUUGCGUACGCGGUGAAUGUGAUGGAGCGGCAGAAGUUUCCGGCGUGGACGACGGGGUUUUCGAGCUCGAUCCACGGCGGGUUUCACCGGAGGAAGAUGGGAAUUUGUAGAGACCAUCUUAAGGACUUGUUUCUUGGUGAAAUCUCUUUGCAGUCUCUAGAUUUCUGUGGGAGAAAUGGCCUUGUGAAAGAAGAAAAAGAGUAAUGAUAAAUCAAUUUAUUA